AUGCCAACCGAGGUGUUACAAGAUGAAGAAAAAUUACAACCAAAUGAUGCCAAAUCAGUCAUUCAGCUGGAGGAAUACCCACCAGCAGCUAAGCGCAUCCUCAUAAUGAUUGCCUUGUAUCUAUCUAUAUUUCUAAUUACACUUGACCAAAACAUUAUUGCGACUGCGAUCCCCCGCAUUACCGACGAGUUCCAUUCCAUCAACGACAUUGGCUGGUAUGGAAGCGCCUACCUCCUGACCACCUGCAGCUUCCAGCUCCUCAUGGGCAAGGUCUACAAACAUUACCCUGCAAAGCCGCUUUUUCUCGCAGGUGUAUUGUUCUUUGAAGUCGGUUCUGCCGUUUGUGGCGCCGCCCCGAGCUCCGCUGCCUUUAUCAUUGGCCGCGCCGUCGCUGGCCUCGGGGCUUCAGGGCUGUUUUCCGGCCUCAUGGUCAUCAUGUUCCAUACCAUUCCGCUUCAGCAGCGGCCGCUAUGGCAGGGCGCUGCAGGAGCCUUAUUCGUUGUCGCCUCGGUUGUUGGACCAGUCGUCGGCGGAGCCUUCACCGAUAAUAUCACUUGGCGAUGGUGUUUCUACCUCAACCCCCCGAUUGGAGCUGUUUCUCUCCUUGUCACCAUUUUUCUUGUGCAUCUGCCGAACCAGAAGCUAGAGCCCGCCGCCGACACUCUUCUCGGCAAGAUCCAACAACUUGAUCCAAUCGGCAAUCUCGCCUUCUUCCCCGGAAUCAUCUGUCUCAUCCUCGCCUUGCAGUGGGGUGGCACGCGCUUCCCUUGGGACAGUGCCAGAAUAGUUGUGCUGCUUGUCGUUUGUGUUGUCCUCGUCGCGCUUUUCAUUGCUUUGCAAGCCUGGAAGAAAGAAAAGGCAACGGUGCCCCCUCGCAUCAUCAAACAGCGCAGCAUCGCCGCCGCCGUAUUCUUCUGCUUCUUCAAUGGGGCCGGUAUGAUGGUACUCAUGUACUACCUUCCCAUAUGGUUUCAGGCCAUCAAAGGCGCGUCGGCUGUGCAUUCGGGCCUCAUGCUACUACCCACUGUCCUGUCGGUCGCCGUAGCGUCCAUAAUCUCCGGCAUCAUCAUAUCCCGCGUGGGUUACUACGCGCCCUUCUACAUUGCCAGCUCCGUUCUAACUCCUAUUGGAGCUGGUCUCAUGUGUACCUUGACUCCAUCCACUGGAGAAGGCAUGUGGAUCGGCACGCAGAUUAUCUUUGGCUUUGGUCUCGGACUCGGCGCCCAACAGCAUCUAAACGUCGUGCAGACGGUUCUAGAGCGCUCUGAUAUUGCCAUGGGGUCGGCCGUCGUCAUGUUUGUGAGAUUUCUUGGCCCUGCAGUUUUUCUUCCUAUCGCGCAAAAUGUGUUCCUCAGUGACCUCGUGUCAAAUAUGAGUACACUUCCUGGAAUUGAUACCGACAAGAUCAUCAAAGGUGGCGCCACUGAGUUGCAAUCUUUGGUUUCUGGUCAUGAGCUUGAUAUUCUUCUUGCCUACUACAAUGCCGCUAUUAUAAAGGUCUUUUACAUUGUGGUCGGUACAUGUGCCGUCACAAUUAUCGCAAGUGUCUGUGUGGAGUGGCGUAGCCUAAAGGCCAAAGCGCAGACUAAAGCUGGGAAGCCAAUGCCUAAGUGA